CUAGACGAAGGGGUAGGCUUUUACAUGCUACAUUUCUGGCAUUGCAAACUGUGGGAGAAUUGCUGGUUCUUGGGCGCGAGACAUGUCAUCUGUCACACCAGCCGUGGAAACAGUUUUUUCUGUUAAUGCCGAACGCCCUCUCUCAUACCCUAAGCCCGAAGCUGAGUUCCAGGAAAUUGUUCGAAACCCGGAGCUUUUCUGGCAAAAGCUUCAAGCUUUUCACAUUUCAUUGGGUGCCAAAUACUCGAUUCCUACUGUAGCAGGAAAGCCUCUAGACCUUUACCGCCUUUUUGUGGAGGUUACGUUGCAAGGAGGAAUUGAUAAGGUUAUUAGAGAUCGACGAUGGGAGGACGUGAUUGGGGCCUUCAGUUUUCCAUCCUAUGUAACAAGUCCAUCGUUCCUCUUGAGAAAGUACUACCUCUCUUUGUUAUAUCACUUUGAGCAGGUCUAUUACUUCCGCAAGGAAGAGCCUUCAUCUGCCACUGAUCCUACAAGCAAAACUUCCAGUUCCUUACAAACCAUGCAUCCUGUGGAUGGUGAUGCCACCAAGAUUGGACAUUCAGAGACUCCCAACAGUCUUGAAGUUGGCAACUCAGUUAUUGGCACAAUUGAUGCAAAGUUUGAAGAUGGCUAUGUAAUUACUGUGAAUAUGGGGUCGGAGGUAUUGAAUGGUGCUCUUUAUCAUAAACCUAUACAACCACACUCACCUCAAAGUGCUAGUACUUCUAGCGGACCUGCGAAACAGACUAGAAAGAAAUACCAGCUUGCACUACCGGAUCACUCUCGACCACGUCAAAAUCUAAGUGGCUACAAUUUCUUUUAUGCCGAACAGUAUGCCAAGCUUAAGCCUUCACAUCAGGGCCAUGCAAAAGCUAUCAGCAAGGAAAUUGGGCUGUUAUGGAGCCGGCUCACAGAUGCUGAGAAACAGGUUUAUCAGGAAAAGGGUUUGCGAGAUAAAGAGAGAUACAGGGUUGAGAUGCUUGAAUAUAAGUCCUCCCAGCCUGUACAAACUUAAGACAUAUAUGGAUGGUGUAUAAUUUCUGGUGUGAUGAAUAUUCAUAACCAUAUACCCCCUCCUGGAGACUCUUUAUUUCUUGAUCACAAGGGAAUUUGGCAUUUUUCUGUUUUUAUCUUUACAAGGGUAAUCGUUACUUCUAACUAGGGGUGGACCGGUCAUAACCGGAACCGACCAGUUCCUAGGAUCGGGUUGCCCAGUUCGAUUAGGAGACUGGCCCCUAGGGGGUUAACGGGUCCCGGGCGUAGUUUGUAGGGACCGGAACCGGCAGGUCUGAUCCUGGUUCGGUCUUUUUGUUUUUGUUUUUGUUUUUUGCAUUUCAAGCUUUAGAAGCAUUUGUUUUAAGAGGUGUAAAUUCAUUUGAAAGCUAUAAAGGGUAUAGAGGGCGGUUGGGAGAGUUAGGGGUGUUUGGAACUGAUUCUGCUUCUGCUUCUUUUUUAAAGUAGAAGCAGAAUCAGAAUCAGUUUUUUGGAGCUGGUACCCCCAGCUUCUAAAAAAACUGAUUCUGAGAGUAAAUUAGAGCAAACUGCUUCUGGAAUUUCACUCAAACACUCCAGCUUCUGCUUCUGCUCCUUGAAGGAGCAGAAUCAGUUUUGAGAAUCAAAUCCAAACAACCCCUUAAUAGAUGCACAAGAAGAUUUAAAGAAAACGGGAUUGGGACUGAGACCAGGAUUGAAAUUGGCCCCAAACCAGAAUAACCAGCAUUGGUCUCGGUUCAAGGUAUCUCAAACCCCAAAACCUCGGGACCGAAACUAACCCAGAAUUGGGAUUGGUCCAUCCCUACUCUAUCUUGUGAACAACAAAUACCAUAAUUCCUUCAUUCAGUUAUGCAUAUGUAGAGAGUCGUAGAGAAACAAAGAGUUUAUAUAGUGUAACUUUUUAUUUAAGCAUUUUGUAUUUAAUUGUAUUUAAACAUAAAUUGUAUGACAUUUUAUUUAAGCAUUUUGCGAAUGACGUAAAAUAUUUCAUUUGAGGGGAGAGAAUACUUUACAUCAUUUAAUACCUAGUAUUAAAAAUGCAAAUACUUCGCUUGCAAUUUAAAUUUGCGCUACACACCUAACUAGAUGCAUGAUAAUUGGUUCCCAACACUUGGCAUGUAAACAUUUUACAUGCAAAACCUUAAUGUGGAACUACCGAACAGCCUUUCAGGUUUAUGUCAUGAUUUGUACGGAUUUCGUUUUUCUUUUCACACAAGAUCUGAAUUAUAUCUCUAUAUUGGAGCUAGAAUCGACUAGGGGUGGCCCGAGACCGGUCUGACCGGCCUGGGACUAGGCCGCCACUGUGCGGGACCAGACUGACCCGGUUGACCGGGACCGGGCCUAGGGCCUGGCCCAGGGGGUGUUUUGGGGGCGAUCUCGGGCUGAACCUCUCUUGGUACCGGCCCGGCCGGUCCGGGCCCAAUGUUUUUUUUUUUUUUUUUUUUUUUUUGGGGGGGGGGGGGGGGGGGGGUUGGACUGGUUUGGGUAAGAGUUGGGUUGGGCUGGUUGUUUUGGGGGUGUUUGCGGGUUGGGGGUAGAAUGAAUAAGCAAAAACCCAAAAACAAUAUAUAUAGUCGGUCCGGUUCCGGGCCUCCAUUUCCAGACCCGGGCCUGCCCUAAGCCCGACCCGGACCCGGUCCUGACCCGGGACUAGUCCAUCCGUAGAAUCGACCAGUUUAUUGGAAUUGGCGACUCAGAACUCGAAUUUUAGGUCCUGUUCUCAGCUUCUCAGGCUUCAAUAUAUAAAAGGGAAAACUGUCAAUUUAGCCCCCGUAUUAUACUGAAAACGUCGAUUAGGCCCCCGUACUUCAAAAACACCCAAUUGAAUCCUCGUACUAUUAAAAAACGUUCAAUUGAGCACUUUUAGAAGGUCACCAACCGGUUUCCCGGUUAGGUACACGCGUGGCACUCCACGUGGCGGCCCGCGUGGCAGGUUUUAUCUUUUUUCUUUUUCUUUUUCUUUUUCCCUUCCUUUUCCUUUCUUUCUUCUUUCUUUACUCUCGUUCUCUUCCUUCGGUCCUUCCCAGAUCCCAUCGGUCCUUCCCAGAUCCCAGGUCGCUGGCCUCCUGCAACUCCAUCUUCCUUCUUUUUCUUUUUCCCUUCCUUUUCCUUUCUUUCUUCUUUCUUUACUCUCGCUCCCUUCCUUCGGUCCUUCCUAGAUCCCAUCAGUCCUUCCCAGAUCCCAGGUCGCCGGUCUUCUGCAAUUCCGUCUUCCGGAGUACAUCUCUUUUUUCCUUUUCUUCAUUUUCACGUUGCAACUUCUCUUCUUUUUUAUUUUGCCGGCCUCCUGCAACUCCAUCUUCCUUCUUAUAUCUCAUUUUUAUUUUGCAACUUCUCAAGUUGGGUAUUACGCCGGAAGGUUGGUUUGCGGCCGAAAGGUAGACUUCCGUGCUAUGCGACGUUAUCAAGUGUAACAGAACUCUGGAACAAGAGCAACCCUGGUGAUGUCGGCAACCCCUAAAUUUCUUCACUGGCUUCACCGACUAUGAAUGCUCUGUACGCGAAGGGGAAGAAGGAUAGAAAAGAAAAGAGAAGGAUAAAGAAAAAGAAAAAGAAAAUAGAAAGGAAAAAAGAAAAUAGAAAAAAUGCCAUGUGGGCUGUCACGUGGAAUGCCACGCGUGUACCUAACCGGGAAACCGGUUGGUGACCUUCUAAAAGUGCUCAAUUGAGCAUUUUUUAGUAGUACGAGGAUUCAAUUGGGUGUUUUUGAAGUACGGGGGCCUAAUCGACGUUUUCAGUAUAGUACUGGGGCUAAAUUGACAGUUUUCCCAUAUAUAAAAUGUUGGGUGUGUUUCGGAAAAUAAAGAAAAUUAAUUAAAAUAAAUUAAUUAAAUAAAUAAAAUGACGAAAGAAAAACAAGAAAAGAGAUGGAGCAGAAUUUGUCAAAGCUCGUGCUACGCACGAUGUCCUUAAAACGUAUUUGUU